AUGGCUCCCGGGAGUGUGACCUCCAGUGAUACCUUGACCUCCUCAGCCUCCCUAACCUCCAUGACCUCCACAUCUGAGUGGUCUGGGACUCAAAAGCCAGGCCCGAGCCACACUGCUGUCCAAGUGCGGCGCCGCCACCCCCCAGUGCUGCGCAUGGUGCUGGAGGCACUGCAGGCAGGAGAGCAGCACCGGGGCACCUCGGUGAUGGCCAUCAAGGUUUACAUCCUGCGCAAGUACCCUACGGUCGACGCCAUCCGGCUCAAGUACCUGCUGAAGCGGGCCCUGGACACUGGCAUGCAGCGUGGCCUCCUCAUCAGGCCCAUCAACUCCAAGGCUAAGGGGGCCACUGGCAGCUUCAAAUUAGUUCCCAAGCACAAAAAAAAAAUCCAGCCCAGGAAGACGUCCACCAUUUUGGCCUCCCGGAGACAGGGUGAGGCCAAGGAGGAGGCCCCCAAGAAAGGUGGCCAGACCAAGGAUGGAGAGACAAGAGUGGGCAAGGCCAGGAAGGCCCCCCGACAGCCAGACAAGGCCGCAGAGGCCCCUUCUGGUGCCAGCGGGCCCUAUGGGAAGUCAAAGGUUAAAGGCAGAAAGAAUAGCCCAGGAGAUGCCAAGGCCCACAAGAAAACCAAAGCUGGGACUCAGAGUUCAAAAUCUACAGUCACUAAGGGCGAGAAUGGUGUGGUUUCCGCAGCCAAAAAGAAGACUGGGAACAAGGUCCCUAAAGAGGCCACUGCCCAGGGGGCCAGAGAAGGGUCAAAAGCCAAGGCUGCUGCUGCUGCUGCUCCCAAGGACAGUGGAUCCAAGACAGUACCAGUACCACUGGCCAGGAAGACAGAGGUCCCCAAGGACCCAAGAAGGCCUGGCAUGCCCACCAAGACUUCGUCCUCCAAAGGGACCAGUAAGAAGGCAGAAGCCAAGAGCUAG